CACUCCUUCAACAGCCACAGGACAGACUAAACAAGCAGUAGUAGGCCCAUCCUCCAGCCUCCACAGGUGACACAAGAACACACAGACACAAGCCCAGCACACACCUGCCGCCCCUCACACCUGGUUUAAAGUUCCCUCGCUGGUUUGGGAGCCGCGGAGUGGGCGACAGAGAGCCACAGCGCGGUAGAGCAGGUCACGUGACUCAAGCUCUCCUAUAAAAGGCGGUGGAGGAGCGGAGUCUGCCUCUUUUCCACUACACCAGUUGGAGCGGGAGGAGUAGCGCCGCCAUGCCCGAGUCCGCCGCAGCCUACACUAACGGCCACGCUGAGGGGGUGGGAGUGAGGGAGUGUGAGAACAUGGAGACCUUCCUCUUCACCAGCGAGAGCGUCGGGGAGGGCCAUCCAGAUAAAAUUUGCGACCAGGUCAGCGACGCAGUGCUUGAUGCUCACCUUAAGAUUGACCCAGAUGCCAAGGUGGCCUGUGAGACAUGCACCAAGACUGGCAUGAUCCUGCUGUGUGGAGAGAUCACAUCCAAGGCCAAUGUUGACUACCAGAAGGUUGUGCGAGAGACCAUUAAGAAAAUUGGAUAUGAUGACUCCAACAAGGGGUUUGACUACAAGACUUGCAAUAUUCUUCUGGCCCUGGAGCAACAGUGUGUGGAGAUUGCUAAUGGGGUACACAUUGGCCGCGACGAGGAUGACAUAGGAGCAGGAGACCAGGGACUCAUGUUUGGCUAUGCCACUGAUGAAACAGAAGAGUGCAUGCCCCUCACAGUAGUGCUGGCCCAUCGCCUCAACCAGAAGAUUGCAGAGCUCCGCCGAGAUGGCACCUUCUGGUGGGCCCGGCCCGAUUCCAAGACCCAGAUCACCUGUGAAUAUUGCUUUGAGAACGGGGCGGCAAUCCCCAGGCGCAUCCACACAGUGGUGGUGUCGUUGCAGCACUCGGAGAAGAUCACGCUGGACACUUUGCGUGAAGAGAUUAUGGACAAGGCCAUAAAGGGCGUCAUCCCGGAGAAGUACCUCGAUGCCGACACCAAGUACCACAUUAACCCCUGCGGCGCCUUCAUCAUUGGCGGCCCUCAGGGUGACGCUGGGCUCACAGGGCGGAAGAUCAUCGUUGACACCUAUGGGGGUUGGGGCGCACAUGGAGGCGGUGCUUUCUCGGGGAAGGACUACACUAAAGUGGACCGCUCAGCUGCCUAUGCUGCCCGCUGGGUGGCAAAGUCCCUGGUGAAGAAUGGCAUCUGCCGCCGCUGCCUCGUACAGGUGUCCUAUGCCAUUGGUGUUGCUGAGCCAGUGAGCAUCAGCAUCUUCCAUUAUGGCACAUCACAGUACACAUCCAAGCAGCUGCUCAAGAUCGUCAACCACAACUUUGACCUCCGGCCAGGACGCAUUGUGAAGGAGCUUGGCCUGAAGCGCCCCAUCUAUAGCGAAACCUCCUGCUAUGGCCACUUUGGGCGGGAGCAGUUCCCCUGGGAGCAGCCCAAGACCUUGUCACUGCCCCUUCUAUAGGUGGACAGCUGCUGCUGCCACCCCCCCUCCCCACUAGGCUAAGCUGCAGGUGUGCCACACACAGCCCCGGCAGGACGGGUGCUCCCUGGAGGGCCGGAGUCUGCUGGGGCUGUGCUGGGGCGUAGGUGUGUCACGAGCAUUAGGGCGGCGCUCCUCCCUGUACUCCUUCAGGCUGGCCGCCCCUGCUUGCUGGUGCUGGCAGGGGCGGCCAUCCUGGGGCGGGGUUGCGGGCAUCCCGUUAUGCCCCGGGCUGAGGGCCCCCGGGAGGCGACCACAGUGCUGGGCUGGGGCGGGGAUGGCUCUGUCUUCAACCCUCCCCCCCCCUGUGCUCUGCGCUGCAAAUGUGUAGGAAGAGCAAGGUUUCCUCUAGAGUUUUUUUAAUAUAAAGUUCUACGCAUUUGUGUUGUGUUUACGAAAAUUCUAAUGGAAAAGAGCAUUUCCUUAAACACUCCGAUCGUCUCUAGGGGCCGGUACUCCCUCGGGCCCGGGGCUACACCAGCUUUUACUAUGUAAUUUAAAAAGACUGUUUUAGAGGUGUAUCAUUUAUAUUUAUUAUGAGCAAGUUGACGUAUACAACACACUUUGACUUGUACCAAGACAACAAUAAAUAGUGAGAUGGUUGA